AUGAGCCCGCACGUCUGGUUGCUCGCAAUCCUCUUCCUCUGCCAGUACCGCCAGUCUCAUCUGCAUGUGCUGACAGUGGUGGAUUUUUGUCGCGAGGUUGCCGUCAGCGGGUUCAGCAGCGUCACGCUCGGUCAACUCAGUGGUGGUCCUCUGUCGCUGGUGCAGCAACGCAUCAUGGAGUACGUGCGCGACUCAGUUGGAGCGCUGGGGGCUCCACCGGCAGGCGUCGACACCUCAGAAGCUCUGCGGAGGCUUCGAGCGCCUGGCUUCUACGGCUCCGACGAGGACGUGAAGCUGGGGAACUACAAUCCCGAUCUGCUCUCGCUGCCGUCCGCGGGGGGCCAUGCGGUUCCGCUCGCGGACUUGUGGGGUGCAGGCGGGCGCAGGCGCGUCGCGGAGUUCGUCCGCGAUAGUGUGCUACCUGCGGGACCGGCGCUGGAGAGGAGGAAGAUGCGCGGCGUGAGGGCGCCCUAUUCCGACCCAGCCCUUCGCCAACCGCGUGUGUGGAGCGACUUUGUCUCGCGGCUUCAUCACAGCGGCCUGCUAGAUUUUGCCUGCGACCGCGGCAGAGAGUCCGUGGAGUUCUUCUGCGUUCCGAAAAAAGAUCAGCGAUUGAGACUCGUUUGCGAUUGCCGUCACAGCAACGUCUGGUUUCGCGAGCCUGAUAACGUCACUCUUUGUACUGGUGAGACUCUUGGGAACCUCGAAGUCGGUGAGGGCGAGACGCUCUAUAUUUCGGAAGCUGACCUGUCCAAUGCAUUCUACCAUUUGCAGCUGCCUGUCGAGUUGCGGGAUCUGUUCACCCUUAGGCGCGUCCGUGCCCGUGAUAUCGGCUUGACUGAGAUUGGCGGGCAACCAUAUGUCGACAACUUCGUGGCCAUUUCGACUGUCGCCUCCAAGGUGCAUCGCCUCGCGUCCGCCGUCGUGGAGGGGUUCAGGGAGGCGGGGUUGGUCGCGACCGCCGAUGUCGACUCGCCCGGAGAGGUCCUCGAGAGGCUUGUGGGGCGCAUGGGGUUCAUCAGCCUGGUCCGACGGGAAAGCCUCUCGGUCUUCGACGCGCUGUUCGCGUUCAUCCGCCGCUUCUACUACGAGGAGGCCCCGCUGCGGCCCAGUGUCAUCAACGAGCUCACGAUCUGGGAGGGGAUCGCGCCGCUGCUGUGGCGCAACCUGAAGGCCUCGUGGGGGCCGUCGCUGUACGCCGUCGACGCGUCCCCGACCGGUCUGGGAGCUGCCGCCGCUGCCGCCGUGUCCGACGACCCCGAGGUGCAGUGGCUGUCCGGAGUGCGCGACAACGGGUCCGGAGGUCUCUGGGAUGUUGAUGGGGGGCCGCCGCCUGCCGGCAGUGCCGCCGCCGUUCUGGGUUCUGGGCUCGGCGAUUCUCGUGACGCCGUGUUUCGUGAGGUGCCCCUGAAGCUCUUACGACGUGACUGGAAGAUUGUCGGGAGGUACAAGUGGAACUUUGAGGGGCCGAUGCCUAUCCUUGAGGGCCGGGCUAUCUUGCAUGCACUACGACACGCCCUGAGGAAUGUUCAGAACUUCGGGCGGCGGAUCGCGGUCCUGGGGGGCGCCCUCGUCGCUGCCUGCGCAGUCUCGAAGGGGCGGUCUGAUUCCAGGGCGAUGCUCAAGGUCACCCAGUCCGUGGCUGCUCUCUGUCUGGCCACUGGGUGCGCGUUGCACUGCCGGUGGCUCCCCUCAGAGUGGAACGUGGCUGACGGGCCCUCGAGAGGGCUUGCAGUUCCGUCAGUGCCGCAGCCGCUGUCCCUCUCGAAGCCUCACGAGCUGGAGUGGCUUCGCUCGGCUGGGCAGCCCGCGCCCGUCCCGCGGCCCCGCCCCGCGGCAGGAGGCGAUGCUGCUACGAGCGUCGCCGUCGACCGGCUCUCAGCCGACUGGGGCGGCUUCGCGGCCCUCGGGGAGGAGCAGUUUGACGCGGGCGCCAGCCGCUUCGAGCCCGUCUUCGUCGGCGGCGUUUCCUUCGCGGGCCGCUCCCAGCAGCGCGCCAGCGGCUGUGCCCCGCCGGGCGCCCGCGCGAAGGAGGCGGCGAGGCGGCGGGCGGCCGCGACCGCGGCCGAGGGGCUGACCGUCUGCCAGACUCACUCGGUUCGCCCCGCUACGUUGCGGCCGUACCAAGACGACUUUGCCUCGUUCAAGCGCUGGCUGAGUCGCCAGGGCCGCCCGAUGCCCGAGGGCAAGCUGGACACCGACCAGACCCUCUCCCAGUACCUGGACGAGAGGUACCUCGACGGCGCGCACGUCAGCUUGGUGCAGCGGAUGCUCGCCGCUGUGCUGUUCCACCAGUCGGCCCUGAGCAAGGCGGGCGGCGCGCGGAUAACGCGCAGCCGCCGCGCGCUCAAGGGCUGGCAGCGCCUGGCGCCUGCAGGCUCCAGGCUCGGGGUGCCGUACGUGGUGAUGUGCAUGAUCGUGAUGUGGCUGCACGGCCUGUUCACGAUCGGCAGCACCCAGGCGGGGCAGGCGUUCGACAGGGCGGUGCAGGCGCUGGGGCUUCGGCGCGUGGGCGUGGUCUGCCGCUACCAGCUGCGCCACGGCGGCGCAAGCCACGACGCGGCGACCGGCGCGAG